AUGAGUCAAGAUAGACAUGCUAAAGAUACUCUUGAUCGUAUCGCUGUAAUUAAUGAUAGAUGUAAACCAGGAAAGUGCAGAUUAGAAUGUAAAAAGACAUGUCCAAUUAAUAGAGCAGGAGGACUUUGUAUUGAAGUACUUCCAAAAGAUAAACGAGCAGUUAUUUCAGAGACGUUAUGUAUUGGAUGUGCCUUAUGUGUAAAAAAAUGUCCAUUUGAAGCAAUUAAAAUCAUUAAUCUUCCAAAGAAUUUAGAACAAUGUACUACUCAUCGUUAUGGACCAAACUCAUUUAAAUUACAUAGAUUACCAAUGCCAAGACCUGGACAAAUUCUUGGAUUAGUAGGUACUAAUGGUAUUGGUAAAUCUACAGCAUUGAAGAUUUUAGCAGCAUCUAUUAAACCAAAUCUUGGACAAUAUAAAAAUCCACCUUCAUGGGCUGAAAUUAUUAAAUAUUAUAGAGGAAGUGAUUUACAAAAUUACUUUAAGAAACUUCUUGAUGAUCAAUUUAAAGCAGAAAUGAAAAUUCAAUAUGUUGAUAGUGUUCCACGAACUGUUAAUUCUAUUAAAUCACAGGGAGGAUUUGAUACAUCAGAAAUUAUUGUUUUAUUAGGACAAAAUGAUGAUGAAAGUAUUCAACUUCCAAAAUUGAAUGUAUCAUAUAAACCACAAAAGAUUUCACCAAAGUUUGAAGGAACUGUUCAAGAGUUAUUAGAACAGAAAAUUAAAACAAUGUUCUCUCAUCCACAAUUUAAUACUGAUGUUAUUAAACCAUUAAACAUUCAACCAUUAUUGAGUCAUAAAUUAAAAACACUUUCAGGAGGAGAGUUACAACGAGUUGCAUUAGUGUUAUGUUUAGGAAAACCAGCAGAUGUUUAUUUAAUUGAUGAACCAUCAGCAUAUCUUGAUUCAGAACAAAGAAUUAUUGCAUCUAAAGUUAUUAAACGAUUCAUUCUUCAUUCUAAAAAGACUGCAUUUAUCGUAGAACAUGAUUUUAUUAUGGCUACUUAUCUUGCUGAUAAAGUCGUUGUAUAUGAAGGUAAACCUGCAGAAGAAUGUAUUGCAAAUCCACCAAUUAAUAUGGUUGACGGAAUGAACACAUUCUUAAAAUCAUUAAAUAUUACAUUCAGACGGGAUCCAGACAAUUAUAGACCAAGAAUUAAUAAAGAAAAUUCACAAAAAGAUCAAGAACAAAAGAGAGAAGGAAAAUAUUUCCAUACAGAAUUAGAUUAA